AAUGUGAAUUUAGAGAGAGAGAGAGAGAGAGAAGGAACAAUGGCGCCAAAGACAGAUCUCUACCAUGUUAUACACAAGGUCCCUUCUGGUGAUACCCCUUAUGUUAGAGCCAAGCACUUGCAGUUGGUGGAUAAAGACCCAGAGGGUGCAAUGGAGUUAUUCAAAAUGGCCAUCGAGUCAGGUGAUCGAGUGGACAGCGCUCUAAAAGACAUGGCGGUGGUUAUGAAGCAACAAGAUAGAGCGGAAGAAGGCAUUGAAGCCAUCAACACUUUCAGAUGCCGUUGCUCUAAGCAAGCGCAAGAGUCUCUAGACAAUGUCCUUAUCGAUCUCUACAAGAAGUGUGGGAGAAUAGAGGAGCAAAUAGAGUUGCUAAAGCAAAAGCUGAGGAUGAUAUAUUUGGGUGAGGCCUUCAACGGAAAGCCAACCAAAACGGCCCGUUCUCAUGGAAAGAAGUUUCAAGUCUCCAUCAAACAAGAAACCUCAAGAAUUUUGGGUAAUCUAGGUUGGGCAUACAUGCAAAGAAUGAACUACAUGGCAGCCGAAAUCGUUUACAGAAAGGCUCAACUGAUAGACCCUGACCCCAACAAGUCCUGUAAUCUCGGCUUCUGCCUCCUCAAACAAGGCAAGUUCCAAGAGGCUCGAUCGGUUCUUCGAGCUAUAACAAACUCGAGAUCGGCAGAUUGCAAGUCAAUUAGCAGAGCUGAGGAAUUGUUGAGAGAGAUAGAAACUGAAGCUCCAGGGUUGGAGGACACAGAAGAGCUCAUAUUUCAGGGAUUCGAGUCAUUUGAUAAUUGGAUUUUGAAUUCAAAUGAAUUGAGGCCGAGGAGAUUGCCAAUAUUUGAGGAGAUCAUGCCUUGCAGAGACCAAGUGGCUUGGUGAAAUGUGUGUAAUUAAGGUUGUUAGAGAGAGAAAAGAAUAGGUUAGAGAGAGAGAGGAUUGUUAGAAUUAUGCUUGAAGAGGAGGGUGCGAGGGUCCAAGGUGCUGCUAGUAAUAAGGAAUUUCUUUGUAUAUAUGGACAAUAAUAAAUUUGAAAGGUUUUUUGGGUGCCAUUGAGCAAUUCUUUUUCAAAUCUUUGGGCUUACACAUUUCUCAUCCAUUUUGCACCUGUAGGACUAUAAUAUGUUCCAGAACUCGGAUGUGGUGGCCAGAUAAGUCACCAGUUGAAUCCGGUUUCCUCAAGCAACACCAAUUUCAAUUGGAUCUGGCGUUUAUUAUCAUGAUCUAAAAUUUCCUUCUUUGCUUUCUUCACACCUCCUGUUCCCUGAUCGCUACUAAACUCAUUGGUCUCAACCCUAGCGCUCUUUGGCCUCACAAAAAAUUUAUUGCUCUGUAAAUACCCAUUUGUACCAGGACCCCUAGGGGUUUGUAAACCUAUGCCAUCAUACAUGGCUGGUAGAAACCUUCAAAAUUGGUAAGAAAGCUUCGAAUUAGGCGGACAAGUAGCAAAAACAAACCCUAAAGUUGGCGGUGUGGGAGAUAGAGAGAGGGAUUGAGGGAAGGAAAAAGGGGAAAAGCAGCAUAGGGAUUUAGGGUUCUUCAAUAUCAAGUUCUUGCCCUCUAAAAAUUGGAUGUUCAUUCUUCAGUAUCAUGACACAUUACU